CUGGAAACAAACAUCAGUGAAGAAUGAAGGCUUUAGUAUGUAUACUGCUGCUGUUGGAAACCUUUGUGUUUGUCGUCCAGCAGCAGGUAGAUGGAGGACUCAAUGAGAAUGAGAUCAGUCAACAGAUCAGCUCUGAGGACGGAAGACAGAAUCCACCUCAAACAGACACUUUGAGAGCUGAAGCUUCAACUGACAGCCAACAAUACUGUGAUCUGGGCAUCCCUGACAUCCAUGCAGCACUGAGAGAACUGACCGCCACCGUUACAGAGCAGAAAGAAAAGAACAGAGAACUGACCGCCACCGUUACAGAGCAGAAAGGAAACAUCAGAGAACUGACCGCCACCGUUACAGAGCAGAAAGGAAACAUCAGAGCUUUAGAGACGCAGCUGAGGGAACAACAGACGUUUAUCCUGGAAGAGCUGAACAAGAAAAAUGAAGAAAUAUCAAAUCUUACUCUGGGUCAAGUGGAGUUGAGAAAGGAAAAUAGAGACAGAGAAAUAGCUUUUUCAGCUGGACUGAUGGAAUCUGGCAGUGGAUUUAUUGGUCCUUUUACCAGUGAAAUCACACUAACCUACAGGAACGUCAUCACAAACAUAGGGAACGUCUACAACCCAAUUACAGGUGUUUUCACAGCCCCACUGAAAGGAGCAUACAUGUUCAGAAUCUCUGUAUAUGGUCAUGGUCCAACUGCGUCAGGUGCCUCCAUUUAUAAGAAUGGACAGCGUGCGGUUUUGGCAUAUGCCCAUCAGUCUCAGAGAGAGUUAAACUCCUCGAAUGGAGUUGUGUUGAUCCUGGAGGCUGGAGAUGUUGUCUAUGUGAGACUUUGGCCUAAUACAAGGAUACAUUAUAAUGGAAAUAACCACAGCACUUUCAGUGGUUUCCUACUGUUUCCCUUAAGAUAACAGGAGAUUUGCAAAAUGUGAUUCCAAUAAUUCUGAACCUUCAGCGUAUGAUUUAAGAUGUAAAUCAUGAAGAAUCAUUAACAUAUGAACCUGUAUUAAUGAGGACUAAUGUGUGUUUGAAAUUUGCAUAAGCUGUAUUCAU